AGAGAGUGCGCAGUCACGAGCGUGUUAGUAAACACCAUCAUUAGCCUUAUAAAGCAGACAAACAGAGAUGCUGCUUUCACACAACCUGUCAGCUACUUAUAAAACGCAAUACAGUCUCCAGUUUAAUAUAGAUAUUAUUAUUAAGUGAUGCCCCAGACGAACGUACAAACUUGAGAGUAUGAAGGAUUGUGUUUAGCCAGCAUGCUAGUUCACCUUAAGCCAAGGAAUAACGGUUAGUCAGCUAUUUUAUAAUACAGUACAAACAGAACCCAACUGAUCAAGAUGCCAUGGCCAUUUUCUGAGUCUAUUAAGAAGCGGGCCUGCAGGUACCUGCUACAUCGAUAUCUUGGCAAUUUCCUUCAGGAAAAGCUCAGUUUGGAUCAGCUUAGUCUGGAUCUUUAUCAAGGCACAGGCUCACUUGCUCAAGUACCGCUGGACAAAUGGUCCCUAAAUGAGAUCCUGGAGUCUGUGGAUGCUCCGUUUGAGGUGAGCGAGGGCUUUAUUCAGGCCAUUUCUCUCACUGUGCCAUGGGCCUCGCUGCUUCAGGACAACUGUGCUCUGGAAGUGAGGGGCUUGGAAAUGGUGUUCAGACCAAGACCUCGAAUGGCAUCAGGCAUGGAGCCCAUGUGCUGGUCCAGUUUCAUGACCAGCAGUAUGCAGCUGGCCAAAGAGUGUUUAAGCCAAAGACUUACUGAUGAUCAGGGAGAGAGCUUUCAGCCUCUGGAGGGACUGGAAACAUUUGCUGAGACUAUCGAGAGCGUGUUGAGAAGAGUCAAGGUCACUUUUGUGGAUACUGUCCUGCGGAUGGAGCAUGUUCCUGAAAAUUCUAAAACAGGCAUUGCUCUGGAACUUCGAAUCAAUAAGAUGGUUUACUGUGAUGAGAGUGUGGAAGAGGGCUCCAGCUUCAAUAUCCAUCAGCCCACUACAUUUGCGCAUAAAAACCUCACUCUGGAUGGAGCCUCUCUGUUCUGGGAUGAGUUUUCAGAAUCAGCACGUGCCGGACUAAAAUCAUCCCCCACUCAAACAGAGACUGAACCCAAGCUUUCUCCAAGUUGGAACCCAAAAAUCAUCUGUGAGCCUCACCCUCAGUUUCCAGAGCCUGUGUCUCGCAGUGCACCAUUUGAACCAGUGCAGGUGGGCUGCCUUAGCGAAAAACUGGAGCUGUCCGUGGUUCUGAAGCAAAAUGAAGCCAUGCCCGGUGCUAAGUUGGAUAUUGAUGGACAGUUUGAUUCUCUAAUCAUGCUGCUCUCACCACAACAAGUUCACCUCUUACUGGACAUGUUUGGGGUCUUUACCAGCUCAGCUGCACAGGAGUGGUCUGCUGUAGGAAAGGAUAGGAAGAGUCGGCCUAUGCAGCAGGAGGAUGAAUAUCGCUUGCAUAUGGAGCUUAACCGCUGCCUGAAGAAAGACACCAUAACAGGUGCUGCUGACCAGGACCUGUUUGAAAGCCAGACCACCAGAACAGUCUCCAGCAGAGAGGAUGUCUUUUUCUCCAUGGCUGACAUGGACAUGUCACACAGCCUAUCAUCUCUGCCUCCUCUUGGGGAUCCACCAACUGUAGAUCUAGAUUUAUCUGUAAAUAGCAACUACUCUGCCUCCUUGGGGGAGUCACCAUCAGGAAAUGUAGCCACUGUCUGGGAUGAGUAUAUGGAUGUUCCUAGACUGAAGGAGAAACAGACAAAUGAAACCCCACAGCUUUCAAGAGAUUCUCAGCUUACACACAAGUUGCUCCGGCAGACAUCUCAUCCAUCUAAAGGCCGCUGUGAUGAGUCCAGGCCUGAGCUGGUUCUCAGGCUGACAGUGGGCAGUCUUUGUCUGUCUGUCCUUCAUAUCGAUCCCCUUCCACCUCCAAAUUCCUCCCGCAGCCAUCUCGCAUCAAUGGCCUCAGAGUUUUUCCACAUUCUGUCUGUAAAUCAACCGUCUCCCGGUGGUUUCCUUCAGUCGAGAUCUGUCUUUGAUCAAGCCUGUCCGCAUGAUCACCUCAGGUUCAUUGGCCAAGGAUUAAAGGUGACAUACGAGCACUGCCAAGGCUCUGGUGUACGCACACUGAACACGGAUCUCUCUCUGAGCCAGGUGGAGCUUCUGGAAUGCCUGUAUUCCACUGACAGCCACACAACAAAGGGUGGAGCCCAGUACACAGAGCUUCUCACGUUUGAUGUCCCAAUAAGUAAUGAAUCACCCUCUCCUACCUGCCUACAUUUACUCUACAAACUAACAGAACGCAGAGGGCAGCAGGGCGGGCAGGUACGUCUAAGCACUGUUCCUCGCAAGGCAGAACUGCAGGUGGAGCUUGGUAAAGUGCGCUCCGAGUGUGACAUCAGCAUUGUGGACAGGCUCAACUCUCUACUCCAGCCACAGAAACUGGUUACCACUGAGAUGAUGGCGUCUCACAUGUACACUUCAUACAAUAAACACGUCAGUCUGCACAAGGCCUUUGCAGAGGUUUUCCUGGAUGAUAGUCGCACUCCAGCACACUGCCAUGUGUCCGUGUCAAUAAAUGCACCUCUGGUGUCACUAGUGGUGCGGUUUCCGAUCCCAGACCUGCGCUCGGAUCAGGAGAGGGGACCUUGGUUUAAGAAGUCCCUGCAGAAAGAGCUGCUGCAGCUGGAGCUGGAGGAUCUGGAGCUCAAGACCGAGUUUACUGGAGGAAACUCAUCAGAGCAGACGAAGAUGGAGCUCACUUUUAAAGAGCUCAACGGAUCAUUUCAAGAAGACAAAGAUCACCCCCCAGCCAGGUUCUUAAGAGUAGCUAACACAAUGGAGGAGGACAUGACUUCAUCCUGUGGCAAAUUCGACUGGCCCAGGGUGGUUCUAAAGUUGAACCCGAUGGCCGUGCGCUCCAUCUUAGAGCGUGUAACAGCUGAGGAAGAGGAGGAAGAAGCAGACGGUCACUCACAGGAGGAAGAGGAGGAAGAAGAAGGAGCCGCACACUCCUUAAAGGACGUGUGUGACUUCGGCAAACCUGAGCCAUCACCAUUUUCCUCCCGACGUGUCAUGUAUGAAAAUGAGGAGAUGGUCAUCCCGGGAGACGUGUUGGAGAUGACAGAAUUCCAGGAGAAAACCAUGAGCAACUCUCGUUACAUUCUUGAGCUGUUUUUCCCUAAUGUGCAGCUCUCUUUUCCCAAUAAAGUCUUUUAUGAGAAACUGCACAACCGGAUUAAUAAUGACUUGUUGCUAUGGGAACCUACUGCUCCAUCUCCUGUAGAGACAGUGGAGAACAUCCCGUAUGGUGUGGGUUUGUCUGUAGCCAGUCAACUCAUCAACACGUACAGUAAAGACAGCUUCAGUCAGUUCAGAUCCACUGGCCCUGAGGAGGAAGAGAGUGGUUCUGAGGAAGAGAUCCUGCAGUAUUACACUCCUGCUGAACUGGGUUAUAGAAACAAAAGGAAGAAGAGGAGAAAGAUGCAGCCUAAGAACUCUCAGAGCCUCUUUUCCAUCAUCCUGUCUGUUAACCACGGGUUGCUGGCUCUAAACACACAGCUAAAGCAGGAUGAUAGUAGCGGGCUUCAAAAAAAGCAUGGUGAAUUCUGGUUGGAGGUGAAAAACGGGACUCUGUUUGCCGUGACUCAGCAUGAAGGCUACAAAGACCAGCAUUAUGUCUGCUUUCACACAUCUCAGGCCUGUCUCUAUCACCACGGCUCUGUGGAUGGAGAUGCCCCUGAGUGGAGUUUGACUCUGCCCUGCAGGACUCGUCCUCAUUGGCUGGAUCCUGUGAUGUAUGCGUCAGAAUCUGCCCCAGAAAGGGCAUCUCCUUCUGAAGGGCUCAGUUUGGAGCCCCACAGCAUGCUGUCUGUCGCUGUUAAAGUUUCCUCUCACAACACAGAACGCAAUGUCAAGGAGUUUCUCAUAGCCAUUGGCAUGAGGGGAGUCACACUGGAACACAGAGUGGUACCUUCAGGUCUGGGCUGGUAUGACCAGAUUGUGGACUUUUUAAAUGUGUCAGAUGAGCCAGUGCUUGGCUACACUCCUCUGUCAUCUGUGUCCACCCUCCACCUGCAUCUGUGGAGUUGCUCUCUGGAUUAUAGACCGUUGUAUUUACCUGUUCGAUCUCUGCUUACCGUGGAGACCUUCAGCAUUUCCAGCAGUGUGUCUUUAGAUCACUCUUCAUCCAGUCUAAGAAUAAUUUUAGAUGAAGCUGCAUUAUUUCUGUCUGACAAGAUCAACGCUGUGUCUGUUAAUCUGGCUCGUGACUAUGUGCAGGUGGUUGAUAUGGGGACACUGGAACUGAGGAUAACAGCAGUCAAACCAGGAGCAGAUGGCAAAAAGACGGAACCAAGAUUUGAGCUGCGUUGCUCAAGCGAUGUAAUUCAUAUUCGCACCUGUGCAGACUCCUGUGCUGCUCUCAUGAACCUUAUUCAGUACAUAGCAAGCUAUGGAGAUCUACUGCCCCCUUUAGGAAUGGAGGCCAAACGCAGAAGCACUAAACAAAGGGUGAAGACUGAAGCAGCAAGUCGUCCACCAGCUCAGGCACCUUUGCUUCCUGAAGCAGAGCAGCAGAUUCUUCAGGAUCUGAUGAGUGAUGCUAUGGAGGAGACAGACAGCCUGCAGAGUCAUUUACUGCAACAGAACGGUGUCAAUGAAGACCAUUCACAUGAUCAUGAGCCACCCCGCUCUGAUCUCUUCCUUUUUCCUGAUGAAAGUGGAAACUUAGGGCAGGACCCGAGUCCCACUUACCCCACUCUGCACUCCCCACUCAUCUCUCCUCCUGCCCCCCCUCUGCUUCAUGACUCUGAUGACUUCUGCAUACUGGACACACCGGGCUCCAGAACAGAGGAAAGAAAUGAGGAUCCUCUGGUAAAGAAGCUGACAUCUGAACCCAUCUUGGUGAAAGAAGAACAUUUUAGUGUCCCCCUGGAGGGCAGCAACUCUAAUAGGGGGCCGCUUAAUUUCCCUGUGCCAGAAAUCAGAUAUCUGGUGAAAGAGAUCUCGGUUGUGUGGCAUCUCUAUGGAGGAAAGGACUUUAGCGGAGGGGCACUCUCCUCAUCUCCAGCUCGCAGUCGAGGGUGCACUCCUCACAGCUCUCCAUCACAGACUCCUGUCAGACAGGUGAGAAGAGGCUCUCGUGCUGGAGGAGGAUGGGGCAGGAACCCUGAUGUCCUAAUGGAGAUUCAGCUCAGUAAGGUGCGGUUCCAGCAUGAGGUGUAUCCUCAGGUGGCUCCAGAGGACGGCAUUUUAACAGAGCAGCCCAUGUCCAGACAGGUGUUCUCAGUGCAGGAUCUGGAGAUAAGAGAUAGGCUGGCUUCUUCCAUGAUGAAUAAGUUUCUCUACCUGUACUCUAGCAAAGAGAUGCCCAGGAAAGCUCACUCUAACAUGUUGACUGUCAGAGCCCUACACGUGUGUCCAGAAGCAGGUCAGGCACCUCAGGAGUGCUGUCUGCGUGUGUCAUUAAUGCCCCUCCGUCUAAACAUUGAUCAGGAUGCAUUGUUUUUCUUGAAGAACUUCUUCACCAGUCUGGCAGCAGAGGUUGAGCUGUUUUCUCCACCAGAGCAGGAAGCAUUCUGUGUGUCUAUGAGGAAGACUCCUGGCCCUGAGGUUUCCUGCAGUUUUUCCAAAUACAACGGUGGAGCAGGUCAAGACCCUGCACCCAUAAUUUCAGUGCCAACUCAAAGCCGCGCCAGUCCAAGCCUCAUCCACACCAGCAGCCAAGACAGCACUGCAGAGACUGACACUGCCUCCACAUCUUUCACUGACCAGCCCAUAUUCUUCAGAGAGUUUAGAUUCACUUCAGAGGUGCCAAUUCGAUUAGAUUACCAUGGGAAACACAUGGCCAUGGAGCAGGGCACAUUUGCUGGUAUUGUGAUUGGAUUGACACAACUGAACUGCUCAGAGCUGAAACUGCGACGACUGUGUUAUAGACAAGGAUUAUUGGGUGUUGACAAACUCUUUUCAUAUGCCCUUAAUGAGUGGCUGAAUGACAUCAAGAAGAACCAACUACCGGGGCUUCUGGGAGGCGUGGGCCCCAUUCAUUCUCUGGUGCAGCUGGUUCAGGGAUUUCGGGAUCUUGUUUGGCUGCCCAUUGAGCAGUACCGUAAGGAUGGAAGAAUAGUGCGUGGCUUCCAGCGGGGCACUGCCUCCUUCGGGACCUCCACUGCAAUGGCAGCUCUGGAGCUCACCAAUCGGAUGGUGCGAACAAUACAGGCAGCUGCUGAAACGGCUUAUGAUAUGGUGUCUCCAGUGCCAGAUGAGAAAGAGUGCAAAAAGAUUAAACGUUAUUCUCAUUACUGUCUGGCUCAUCAGCCAGUGGACCUCAGAGAGGGGGUGGCCAAGGCCUACAGUGUAGUCAAAGAGGGCAUCACAGACACCGCUCUGACCAUCUAUGACACCGCCACACGUGAGCAUGAACAGAGAGGCAUGACGGGCGCUGUCGGCGGAGUUCUGCGGCAGCUUCCUCCAGCUGUGGUUAAACCUCUGAUCGUUGCCACAGAAGCAACGUCCAAUGUGCUGGGAGGAAUGAGGAACCAGAUCCAUCCAGACGCACGACAAGAAGAGUCACAGAAAUGGCGUUUGGGGGAAGAGUGAGAAAAAUUUACUGGAGUAAAACUUACUUUGAUAGUCUGCAAUAUUCAUACUGGCCCUCAAACCCAGGAUAUACUUCGUUUUUAUUAAAUGGACACAAGUUCACACAAAAUUUAGUCAGCAUUUUGCUUGUCCUAAACCUGUUUGAGUUUCUGUCAAACACAAAAGAAAAUAUUUUGAAAGAAAAACGAUAGCUAUUGACCUCCACAGUAUUUUUCUUCUUCUAUGGAUGUCAACAGCUUCUGGUUUCCAACAUUCUUCAAAAUAUAUUCUUUUCUGUUCAACAAAAGAAACCAUACUGGUUUGUAACAGCAUUAGUUUGAGUAAAUAUUAAUGCUUGUGCAAACUAUCCCUUUGAUUUGCUAAUGCCUGUAGUGAUCCUAAGAGAACAGAUUUUGUUUGCUGCGUUUUCGUUAGUUUAAAGGGUUAAUUCACCCAAAAAUUUUAAUUCUGUCUUCAUUUACUCAUCCAUCACUUGUUCCAAACCUGUUCUUUUUAUCCUGUUGUACUUAAAAAAAAUUAUAUUUAAGAACGUGAAGGACAAAAAUGUUCCUACCAUGGCUGUUUUUUUUUUUUUAAACAUUUGUCAAAAUAUCUUGUUUUGUGUUCAACUGAAAGUUAAAAACCACUUGAGUUGUGAGUAAAUAUUAGGCAAAUUUUAAUUGUUUGGUGAACUAUUCCUUUAACAGUCUCUCAGUGACAGACAGUAAGAGAAGCAAACGUCUGAUCCCAAAUUAAGUAUAAGAGGCUGGAACUGUUUCUUUUUCUGCUCAAAGCACUUGUGAUUGAUGUUUAACAAGAGUCAUCUAGUGUUGUAUGAGGAAGCCGCAGACGUGGAGACGCACAGCUCCUGCUGGAGUAGAUUUCAUUAGAUUCCUCUUUUCUUAACCUACUAUCAAACGUCCUUGUAGUGCCUUCAUGUCAUAGUUUAUUGAUAUCAUAUGAUCAUCUGAUGAAUGAGACUGUGUAGUGUCAUGUGGGGAACAAGAGUACUGUUCUGUUUAAAUCUUUUAACGUCUGCUACAGCUGAACUCAUUUAUAAAACGACUUGUGUUUGUUAUAAUAUAAAUAUAUAAUGUCGGAUGCAAGGGAAAAAUCUCACAGAGAAAUGUCAGGUCAUAUUUCUAUGGAAGCCCAUUCCCACCACUGACCAUCAAUGAAGUGUUAAAGACUCUUUCUUUAGGUUCUCUGCUUGUGAUCUGGUAUGGAUUCGCAGCCCAGUUUUCCCAAUAAACAGUAUGUGGUUGACACUUUUACUGAACUGAAAUAUGAACUAAUACAGCCCUUUUAGUUUUAGUCCUUUAUAAUGUCUAUGUAUAUGUCUGCAGCUCCCAAGAACACCACUUGAGGACACACUUACAACAGGAAAAAAAUAACAGCUGCAACAAAAUCUAAAUCAUAGUGUUACACAUCAGCUAAUAGUUUCAGGCGCUUUGUUUGAUGCUUUAUAGUUGCUAUUUAGACCAAAUUGUGCAAAUAGCAUAAUUAAAAAAAGAACAAAUCCAUACGAAUUAAAUGACAGCCUAGUUCAACUAACCUAUAUAUUUCCUUUUUGAAAGUGUAAUAAACAGCAAAUAGUCGGAUAUAGGCUUUAUGUUGUGAUUAUGGGCUUAUGUGCAUGCGUCUUUAACACUCUUUUUAUGGUCAGUCACCAUAACAGGGAACUCAUUUAUACCUCGCAAUUCUGACUUAAUAACUCUUAAUUGCGACUUUAUAACUCAGAAUUCUGACUUUAAAACUUAGAAUUCUGACUUCAUAACUCAGAAU